AUGAAACAAUUUAAACAGUCCAUUAAUUUAUUGAAAUUAUUGAAUAAUAAUAAAACAACUAUUAAUAGUUCUUCCACUGCAUUCAAAUCAAUUAUAAUCAAUAAUAACAAUUAUGGAUUUAAUAGAGUAAAUAAUUAUCAUCAUCAUUCCAUUCUUCAAUUGAACAAUAAUAAUAACAAUACGGAACAAAAGAAUACUAUUAGUACAUCCAAUAAUAAUAUUAAUAUUAAUAAUAAUAAUAAUAAUAGUACUCAACAACAAUUAGAAGAACAAAAAUUUGUCAUUUCCGAAGAUGUUGAAAGUACUCCAUCAUCAUCAUUAAAUAAUAAUACUAAUACAACCAAUAAUAAUAAUACUUUUAAUAAGAAUCAACAACGUAUUAGAAUUAUUAAUUCAUCAUCUAAUAAUUCCAAUUCUUCAUCAUCAUCAUCUUAUAAAUUUACAAAAACACUUAAAUAUUCAAUAAUAUUUACAAUAGCAUCUGUUGUAAUAUAUAUUAUAGUAGAAACUAAUAAUGAUAGAAUGAAUUAUUAUGUAUCACCAUCUAAAGUAAUGGAUAAUCGUCAAGAUUUUCCACCUGAUCGUAAAAUUAGAAUUGGAGGUAUUGUUAAAGAGGGAACAAUUCAACAUGGUGAAAAUAAUUUUCUUACAAUAUUUAAAAUUACAGAUUUGAAAUAUGAUAUUGAAAUUGAAUAUAAAGGUGUUUUACCUGAUUUAUUUGAAGAAAAUAGUACUGCUAUUUGUGAAGGUUUUAUGCUUGGACAUUCUAAAUUGAAAUGUACUAAUAUUUUAGCUAAACAUGAUCAGAGAAAUGGAAUGCCACCUGAAAUUGCAUAUGAAGUUGAAAAGAAUAGAAGAGAAAUGGAAAGAAGAAAAUUAAAUCAAGAACAAGAAAGUUCUAAGCAUCAUCACAUUGAAAGUGAAAUUUAA